AAACCCAUAAUAUAUUAUGGGCCUUCUUCUUAUAAUGGGUAUUUCCUAGCCCAACACAAAUAAAUAACCAAAUACCAUCAUCCAAUAUCAACCGUCGGAUCUAGGGCUUCUCCCCCCUUAUAUACACACACUACAUCUUUCUUCCCUUCAUUUAGCCCUUCUACUUACCAGCAAAAUAAGGUAUAGAGAAAGUAACAGAGCCGCCGCAGGAAAAUGGUGCAACGGCUAACAUACCGUAAAAGGCAUAGCUAUGCCACCAAAUCUAACCAACAUCGGGUUGUCAAAACACCAGGUGGGAAGCUGAUUUACCAGACAACAAAGAAGAGGGCUAGUGGUCCUAAGUGCCCUGUUACUGGAAAGAGAAUUCAAGGGAUUCCUCACUUGAGACCUGCUGAAUACAAGAGGUCUAGAUUACCUAGAAACAGGAGGACAGUAAACCGUGCUUAUGGUGGUGUGUUGUCAGGCAGUGCUGUACGUGAAAGGAUCAUAAGAGCUUUUUUGGUUGAAGAACAAAAGAUUGUGAAGAAGGUUUUGAAGAUCCAGAAAGCCAAGGAAAAGCUUGCAGCCAAGAGCUAAGCCUUUAAUCCUUGAUUAAUGGUUUGAGAAGAAUUUCUGAUACCGCAGGCUACUAGAAUCAUGAAUGUAUUUGAAUUUUGGUCUUAAGAUUUGUAUGUUGGUUUUCGUUAAAAUACCUUGUUGAAGGUCUUUCUUCAGUUUGUCGAAAUAUCUGUUCUGCUAGGUUUCUGUUUUCUUCAUUGUUCUGGAUACUUAAACUUGGUAUGAAUAUUUGCACUUCAAUUCAAUGAGGCUAUUAGUUCCAGUUUUGAAUUCAA